UUAUUCCGUUUUCAAGUCAUCUAUUGUUAACAAAACUUUGACGAGGACGCAUUUUUUAACAACUAUAUAAGCAUUCUUCUUUGCAAGAGAUCCCAUCAAAUCCUUCAUUAGUCCUGAUUAUUGAUUCUGGAAUCUAAUAGCAAGAGAUCUACUUGCCAUGGAAAGCCAAUUGACAGUUCUCGUUCUCCUCCUCUCGAGCUUAGUUCUCAUCUCCCAGUCUGCAAAGGCAGCUCCUAAUCCUUCACCCACCCCAAUCAAGGCCGUCAAUCUUGGUGGGUGGCUUGUCACCGAGGGCUGGAUCACACCCAACCUAUUUGAUGAAAUUCCUGUCAAUAAGGAUCUAUUGGAUGGUACUCAGAUCCAGCUCAAGUCAGUCACUAAGAACAAUUACCUCUCAGCCAAUAAUAGUGGAGGAUCGGCAAUCCUUGCAAGCCAGUCAUCGGCUUCUGGGUCGGAGACAUUCAAAUUGUGGAGGAUCACCGAAACAACGUUCCAGUUUAGGAUUUUCAAUUGGCGAUUCUUGGGGCUAGAUGAUCAGGACAAUUUGGUGGCGACUUCAACCUCAUCUUGUGACUCAGAUUCUUCACAUACAUUUGAGAUUGUGAGGAAUGAUGACGAUCCUAAUCGAAUACGCAUCAGAGCGCCCAAUGGUUCUUUUUUGGAGGUCAAGCCAGAAGGGUUGGUGACAGCAGACUAUUCGGAGGAUACUAAUUGGGGAGAUGAUGAUCCUUCCAUUUUUUUAUUGACUAAUGUGAGGCAGAUCCAAGCUGGAGAAUUUCAGGUCACUAAUGGCUAUGGAGCUGACAAGGCCCCAUCUGUUUUGCAAAAUCAUUGGAAUAACUUCAUAGUGGAAGAUGACUUUAAGUUCAUGUCAGAAAAUGGUUUGAAUGCAGUGAGGAUUCCAGUUGGGUGGUGGAUACGAUUUGAUCAAAACCCACCUCAUCCUUUUGUUGGUGGAUCCUUGCAAGCAUUAGACAAUGCCUUCUCUUGGGCAGAGGAGUAUAACAUAAAGGUGAUCAUAGAUUUACAUGCUGCACCUGGAUCGCAAAAUGGGUGGGAACAUAGCGGAACAAGAGAUGGAACACAGUUAUGGGGCAAGACAGAUGAUACCAUCAAAGAAACAGUUGCCGUGAUCGACUUCCUCACGUCGAGGUAUGCAAAUAGAACAGGGCUUUAUGCAAUUGAGUUAAUGAAUGAGCCAUUGGCUCCUGGAGUCACAAUUGAUCGCCUUAAGAAGUAUUAUAAGGUUGGUUAUGACACGGUGAGGAAGUACUCUGAUGUGUAUGUGAUCAUGUCAAACCGUUUAUUGACCAGAAAUCCAACUGAGCUCAUCCGAUUUGCGAGUGGCUUCUCUGGAUCAGUUAUUGAUGUCCAUUACUACAAUAUGUUCUCAAAGGUUUUUGAGGACAUGACAGUGCAGCAAAACAUCAACUAUAUUAAAAAAUAUCGUGCUUCUACUAUUAAAUCAUUAACAAUUUCCAAUGGUCCUCUUAUCUUUAUUGGGGAAUGGGUGGAUGACAUUGAUGUAAUUGUUGCAUCCAAAGAUGAUUAUCAAAGAUUUGGGGCAGCGCAACUUGAAGUGUAUGGGAUGGCGACAUUUGGGUGGUCUUAUUGGACUCUAAAGAAUGUUAGAAAUCACUGGAGCCUAGAAUGGAUGAUAAAAAAUGGAUACAUAACUUUAUAAAAUAUUAAACAUUUAUUGAAGAUAGCAGCUCCUAAUCCUUCCCCCACCCCAAUCAAGGCCGUCAAUCUUGGUGGCUGGCUUGUCACCGAGGGCUGGAUCACACCCUACCUAUUUGAUGAAAUUCCUGCGAAUAAGGAUCUAUUGGAUGGUACUCAGAUCCAGCUCAAGUCAGUCACGAAGAACAAUUACCUCUCAGCCAACAAUGGUGGAGGAUCGGCAAUCCUUGCAAGCCAGUCAUCGGCUUCUGGAUGGGAGACAUUCAACUUGUGGAGGAUCACCGAAACAACGUUCCAGUUUAGGGUUUUCAAUUGGCAAUUCUUGGGGCUAGAUGAUCAGGACAAUUUGGUGGCCACUUCAACCUCAUCUAGUGACUCAGAUUCUUCACAUACAUUUGAGAUUGUGAGGAAUGAUGAUGAUCCUAAUCGAAUACGCAUCAGAGCGCCCAAUGGUUCUUUUUUGGAGGUCAAGCCAGAAGGGUUGGUGACAGCUGACUAUUCGGAGGAUACUAAUUGGGGAGAUGAUGAUCCUUCCAUUUUUUUAUUGACUAAUGUGAGACAGCUCCUAGGAGAAUUUCAGGUCACUAAUGGCUAUGGACCUGACAAGGCCCCAUCUGCAAUGAUGAAUCAUUGGAAUAACUUCAUUGUGGAAGAUGACUUUAAGUUCAUGUCAGAAAAUGGUUUGAAUGCAGUGAGGAUUCCAGUUGGGUGGUGGAUACUAUUUGAUCAAAACCCACCUCAUCCUUUUGUUGGUGGAUCCUUGCAAGCAUUAGACAAUGCCUUCUCUUGGGCAGAGGAGUACAACAUAAAGGUGAUCAUAAAUCUACAAGCUGCGCCUGGAUCACAAAAUGUGUGGGACCAUGGCGGAACAAGAGAUGGAACACUGUCGUGGGGCAAGACAGACGAUAACAUCAAAGAAACAGUUGCCGUGAUCGACUUCCUCACAUCGAGGUAUGCAAAUAGAACAGGCCUUUAUGCAAUUGAGUUAUUGAAUGAGCCACUGGCUCCUGGAGUCACACUUAAUCGCCUUGAGAAGUAUUAUAAGGCUGGUUAUGACACAGUGAGGAAGUACUCCGAUGUGUAUGUGAUCAUGUCAAACCGUUUAUCAAUCAGAAAUCCUACUGAGCUCAUCCAAUUUGCGAGUAGCUUCUCUGGAUCAGUCAUUGAUGUUCAUUACUACAACUUAUUCUCAACACUUUUUGAGGACAUGACAGUGCAGCAAAACAUAGACUAUGUGAAAAAAUAUCGUGCUUCUACUAUUAAAUCUUUAACGGUUCCCAAUGGUCCUCUUAUCUUUAUUGGGGAAUGGGUGGAUGAAAUGGAUUUGAGUGAUGCAUCCAAAGAUGAUUAUAAGAGAUUUGGGGCAGCUCAACUUGAAGUGUAUGGAAAGGCAACAUUUGGGUGGUCUUAUUGGACUCUAAAGAAUGUUGAAAUUCACUGGAGCCUAGAAUGGAUGAUAAAAAAUGGAUACAUAACUUUAUAAAAUAUUAAACAUUUAUUGAAGAUAGUGGGCUAUUGAAAAGUGAGCAACAUCAAUAAGAUUAAAGCUUGUAAUACAAAAUCCAUAUUUCCUAAAAGUCUUAUCACACGCUUGUUAAAUUUGGGAAAUAAACUUUGAUUUUGACCUUAAAAGUGUAACAAUAAUUGAAUGU